AUGGAAACUACUCUUGACGUCCAGGACUGGAAGGAUAUCGAAUCCCUUAUCCAAAAGGCGUUGGGUGCUCGCGAGGCAUAUCGAACUGGUACCAAAGAUGCCCGCGCGAUGGCUGCAGCUUGGAGGCCUAUCAUGCGACUCUUAGCAAAGUUCCCCGAAGGCACAUUCACCAAGAACAACAACCAAGACAUCGCCGACAUUGACCCGUACGGCAAGGAAGUCCUCACUGCAUUCACAGAGGGCAUGUGGGCAUUUAGUUUGGGUCCUGUGCUGGACGAUCUGGAUUGUCCUCAAACUGCCACCGAUCUCUACUCGUAUUUUGGUCAGGACUUGUAUCAAGUCUGGUACAAUUCUGAGCCGAAAGACAAGAACAAUUGGGCCGCUUUGUUCCAGGAUGUCACGAACAAAGUCGCUGACUACAACCUGAUUACAACCGAUACUACGGCGCGCUCCGGUCUAGACAAUUCGCCACGGGCAGCUAUGGCUGCGCAUGCUUGGGUCAUUACAAACUCCAUGUGUGGUAGUGGUGAUGUUGGUCAUGCAAUUGCGAGCGAAGCAAGACAGCUUUGGGAAACCAGAUGUGGCCCUUUUGUAGUGUCUCACAACUAG